AUGGAGCUGGACUACGUUGUUGGACAGACCCUGGCCUGGCUGCGUGCUCUGGGCAUCGAAAAGGACACCUUUGUGUUCUUCACCUCAGACAACGGGGCCGCACGUGUGAGUGAUGUUCCUGUCCCCGGAGGUGGCAGUAACGGCCCGUUUCUCUGUGGGAAAGAAACUACAUUUGAAGGGGGCAUGAGGGAACCUGCCGUCACCUGGUGGCCUGAACACAUCCCAGCAGGCACGGUGAGCCAGCAGCUGGGGACUGUGAUGGAUCUGUUCAGCACCAGUCUGUCUGUGGCUGGCUUCAGCGUUCCAGACGACAGGCUCAUAGAUGGACUGGACCUCAGCCCUGUCCUCCAUAACAACACACUCAUCAACAGGCCCAUCUUCUAUUACCGCGGCAAUGGAAUUAUGGCAGUCAGGGUUGGGCUUUACAAGGCCCACUAUUGGACGUGGAGCAACUCGUGGGAGGAGUUUAACCAAGGCAUUAACUUCUGUCCAGGCCAAGAGGUGGCAGGCGUGACCACCCACACCCAACAGGAGCACACAAUGCAGCCACUCAUCUUCCACCUGGGGUGGGGCCCCUGGGAGAAAUACCCUAUCAGUGCUGUGACUACGGAGUACCAGGAUGCACUGAGUCGGAUCACAGCAGUGGUAGAGAAGCAUAAGAAGGGUCUGGUACCAGGUGUGCCCCAGCUCAAUAUGUGUGACAUGACAUGGCUGUCAUGAACUGAGCACCUCCAGGAUGUGAAAAGUUAGGAAAAUGCCUUAAAGCCCCCAAGUCACAGUCGUGGAAGUGUGACUGGCCGCAUUAGCUAUCUGUUUCAGCGAAAUCCUGAUGUCAGCGAAGAUGCUGCCUUGAUGAAGAGCCAUUUUCAGGAAUUCAACUUGAAUUUCUAUUCGUUUUUAACUUGUAAUGUUGAAACAGAACAACAUAUGGUUUGAAUGGAGGACGUUAAAAUGGGAUGAAUGCUUUCUCGGGACCAUAUGAUUAUUAAUUGAAUGAAGCUGAUUUGCAAUAGCUUUUUUUAAUGAUGCCAUCUCUGUAGAUGUUUUCUCUCUCUUUACUUACUUAUACACUAUUGUGGAAGACAUUGAAAUAGGGCAACAACAACAAACCGUUUUAACUAGAAUAAAACAAUGUUUCAUUUUUAUGCAACGUUGUUUUUCAAAAUGUUCUUAAUCUUAACAGAUGUUUUCUAGUGGGCGGCAGAUUGAAGAUUUCUGCGUGAAUCGAUGGGUCGUCACUUGCUUCCACUGUCACAAAGUCAUAUCAAUAAUAAUUUAUUAAACUUCGAGCGCUUUUUAUGAUAGAAAUCGCUUCGUAAACAAACAAAUAAACAAGCAAUAUAUCAUGACAGAUCAACCAAUAGAGGCCAAGUCUUUGCUUCAUGCUUUUGCAGAUGGAGAGGGUCAUCAGUUCGUGGCUUGAGCGGAGGGAACUCGUCAGACGAUGGUAAAUGAUGGUGAUGAAGUCUGCUGAUGAUCUUGUACAGGGCAAGUCUGAACCAGCCCGAGUUUUAUAGCCACUGGAAUUCUCUUCCACUCUGUGAAGCAUCUACUUGGGUGACGCCUCGGCAUUCCUCACACUAUUAUGAGAGGAAUAAUAAUAUAAUUAUUAUUGAUGACAAUUAUAUUAUAGCUAAAUCCCGCCUAUUUCUACAGUGUGUGUAUAUAUAUUUAAACGUAACCUU